AUGUCGCCUCGUCGCUCCUCGCGAGCUCGCACCACGCAGCCAUCUCCGGCUCUCCUCCAACACACCAAUUCCUCCAGCUCCAAUAACUCCCACCCUCGCGAGCGAAACACUCGAUCUCACCACAAAACAAACUCCCCUCAUCGGUCCUCCGGCCAUCGUUCUCAGUCCAGUGACGACCAUGACACUGGCUCGAGGCCGGAUCUGCCCCAAACACGUCAGCGCCAGCGCACUCGUGGUGAUAAUCAUGGCACCAACCGAGAGGAUGAUGAGGAUGAUGUUGAAGAAGAUGAGGAGGAGGAGAUAACUCGGUGUCUUUGCGGUCAGCAAGAUUAUCCAGGGUUGCCUCCAUCUCGUCGGGACGCUCUCGGUCGCAUGGACGUCAAACAAGACGAAGGCGUUGCAACCACGGAUACGUCUGAUCUACUGCCGGACGACCUAGGAAGCAUGUUCAUUCAGUGUGACUCAUGCAAGGUGUGGCAGCACGGUGGGUGUGUGGGUAUCAUGGAUGAGGAGAUGAGCCCCGACGAGUACUUUUGCGAAAAAUGUCGCAAGGAUUUACACAGAAUCCGUGGCGAGCCCAACGGACAGCACUCGUCAACCUAUCUCCCUGUGGCUCCAGCGUCAUCACCUGCGCCAUCUUCCCGAGCAUCCUCCCAUGAUACCUCACGACGCUCGAGGGACUUGAAAUCGCGAGGUAGCGAAGGCGCAUCGAAUCCUAAGCGGCGAUCGACAAUGAACAGCCGGGACGCUGCUUACGACGAGGAAGAAUUGAUUCGGCGCGCCAUUGAGGAGAGUAAGGAAGAGACCAAGAGCAACGAAGAUGAGACAGCCCCGCGACUGAGCAAGCGGAGCCGGAGUGAAAGUGAAUCGAACAGACGCAGCUCAAAGCGCCCACGAACCUCAUCCCCUUCACCAACUGUAAUUGCCAAGCCGAGCCCUCCACUGUCCCGGGUACCAUCUGAGGACGAGUCCAAACCGAAACCCACCAAUGGCACACGACGGCAAAGAGCGACAUCGCGUGGCCAGCGAGACAAAGAGCCCACCAAGGAACCGGAGGAGCGAGAGCCCGAAGUACCCGAGGCUGGUGCACGUCGCAAGGACAGGCCUAAUCGACGCAGAGGCGAUGAAUCCGAAGUAGACGUUGGGUCUCCAACCAAGGCCGCAGCUCCAGCGCCCCCGCCUCCCGAGCCCGAGCCAGCUCAGCCUAGUCCGAUCACUCCCACUCCACAGGAAGCAACACCCGCGCGGCCCUCGACACGAAAGUCGGGACGUCCUCCAGCUCGUCGUGGCGGGCGAGUGGGACGGAAUCAAUAUACGAAAGAUCGAGAUACAAAUGGCAACGGCACCGAGUCACCGCGACGAGGUCAUUCGCAUGAUAUCGGAAGUGACUCUCCUCGUAUUGGAUAUACCAAUGGCGCUCACGUGAAUGGUGGUGACACAGGGCGACCAAACAAGUCUCGCCAUAUGCACGCACAGCGCACAACGAUGAAUGAGAUGAAGCGGCGUGUGGCCGCCAUCUUGGAGUUCAUCUCUCGAAUGCAGGUGGAGAUGGCAGUCAACGGCGAGAACCCCCUCACACCCACUGGGAAUGGCGAUCGAACUCAAGGAUUACUGUUGAAGAACAUGGUCGACCAAAUUGACAGCGCCAUGGUUUCCACUGUCAGUGACGGCGGAGAAUCAUUACCAGCAAUGACCGACGGUGAAGGCACUGCGUCGUUAGUCUCAGCCCAUGAAAAGGACUUCAAAGACCUGAGCAGCAUCGAAAUGAUGGACGUGCUCACACGACACUUGUUGAAAUGGCAGCAAGAGUAUGGCAAAUUUGGAGAGCGGUAG